GCGCUAACUAUGUUUGGAUCAUACACUAGUCCACUGUUUCACUAUUGUUGACCUGAGAAGUCCUUUCCUAGUAACGCUCGAUGCGAUAUUUUUCCGUAGAGUGGACUUGUAGAAUCCAUUCCAGACAAAAAGAGCGCAGCGGGAGACCAGCAAUAACAGACCGACACUGUCCGUGUUCCGAUGAGGCUGGCUUUUAGUCAUCUAUCCUGGCCCUUUUCCGCUUAGUUGAGGUUAACGCCUGGAAGAACAGGUGUGUAGCGGUAGCUGUAUAUCCUCAGUCAUCGUUGCUUGUUGAGAUGUUGGCAUGGUAGUUGUUAUUGAUAUGUAAGAGACAAACAAUGUACAUACUUCUGGUAGUGACAACUUCCAGGUUCAGCUUCAUAGGACAUAACAAAGUCCAAGGAUCAACAAUUGUCGCUCUUCUUCUGCUCGUCCUACAAAAUGCAGCAUCAAUCAUUCUACAACACAAUAUCCAGGCCCACAGCACCGAGAACAAGAACUUCGAUCCACUGACAGGCAUCCUCCUUUCCGAACUCCUCAAACUGGCCAUCUCCCUCCUCUGCAUCACCCAAACAGCAAAACAGCCCAAAUCCCUCCUCACCACCCUCAAAGCAAACCACGAAGAAGCCAUCCUCCCAGCCCUCCUCUACACCGCGGCCUCCUUCGCACAAAGCAUCGGCGCCUCCUCCCUCGACCUCCUCCCAUUCACCGCGCAGCACUGGACCUCCACCCUCACAAUGACAGCGGGAAUCAUCCUCGCCCAGACAGGCGCUAACGCCUCGGCUGAGAACCAGCACCGAACCACAGCCAAAACCCACCCGCAUCCCCUCCCAGGCAGCCUCGCCAUGCUUCUAUCUGGUUCAUACGUCGCACUCGGAUCCCUCUACAUCGAACGAUCUCUCAAGCGCGCCGCAAACAACACCACAAAUACAACCGCGAACGCCUUCUUCAUCCGGAACGCCCAACUCGCCGCGCAUAGUCUCCUGUUCGCACUGCUUUCAUUUCUAUGGAGGGAAAAGUGCAGAAUAGAUGGAUCCAGUGUCUUGCAGGGUUUUAGCACCCUGGUCUGGGUGUUUGUGGUUUUACAAGCGUCCGGUGGGUUUCUGGUGGCGUGGUGUGUGAGGGUUACGAGUUCUGUGACGAAGAAUUAUGCGCAGGGGAUGGGGUUUGCGAUUGCGGUUGCGGGGCCGUUGGUUGUAGAGUCUAAGGAUGUUGAUCCGAAGGUGAGUAGAAGUAGUUGUUUGAGGGGGCAUGGCUGAUGUCGGUAGCUUCUUGUCGGGGUUGUGCUGGUGUUGGGUGCGGUUGUUGGGUCCGCGUUGGCGGGGCAGAGUAUGAGGGUAACUAGUCCGAUGGAGAAGAGGGAGGUGAAAGGCGUGGUGUAGUCGAGUGAUGACAGGA